GCGCAGUGCGCGCUCGGCCGCGGCCGGAGCGGCGGCGGCGGCGGCGGCGGCGGCGGCCGCGGCGGGGAGGGAAAAUGGCGGCGGCGGCGGCGGGGGGAGCGGGAGCCGUCACCGGGGCGACGCGGCCGGCACGGCCCCGGCUGCCCUGAGGCCGCAGCUGUGAAGUGGAAUGCCAUGGCCAGCUCCUCAGACAGUGAAGAUGACAGUUUCAUGGCCGUGGAUCCCGAAGAAGCUGUGGUCGAAGGGACGAUGGAGCAAGAUGACGAGCCCCACGCUGAGCUGGAGGUGGAGGAGACCAGGCACAACAGAUCAAUGUUGGAGCUCCCCGAAGAGGUUUUGGAAUAUAUCCUGUCCUUCCUCUCACCGUACCAGGAGCACAAAACUGCUGCCCUUGUCUGCAAACAGUGGUAUCGACUAAUCAAAGGUGUGGCCCAUCAGUGUUAUCACGGCUUUAUCAAAGCGGUGCAAGAAGGAAAUAUUCAGUGGGAGAGUCGCACUUACCCCUACCCAGGAACCCCCAUCACUCAACGCUUCUCGCACAGCGCGUGUUACUAUGACGCCAACCAGUCGAUGUACGUGUUCGGGGGCUGCACACAGAGCAGCUGCAACGCUGCCUUCAACGACCUCUGGAGACUCGACCUCAACAGCAAGGAGUGGAUCCGGCCCCUGGCAUCAGGUUCGUACCCCUCUCCCAAGGCUGGCGCCACGCUGGUGGUCUACAAGGACCUGCUCGUGCUGUUCGGCGGGUGGACGCGACCGAGCCCCUACCCUCUGCACCAGCCAGAGAGGUUCUUUGACGAAAUCCACACGUACUCGCCCUCCAAAAACUGGUGGAACUGCAUCGUGACCACCCACGGCCCCCCUCCCAUGGCAGGACACUCCUCCUGUGUCAUCGAAGACAAAAUGAUCGUCUUCGGAGGCUCGCUGGGAUCUCGGCAAAUGAGCAACGACGUCUGGGUGCUGGAUCUCGAGCAGUGGGCUUGGUCCAAGCCAAACAUUUCUGGGCCCAGCCCUCACCCGCGAGGUGGCCAGUCUCAGAUUGUCAUCGAUGACGAAACCAUUUUAAUCCUUGGUGGCUGUGGUGGUCCCAACGCACUGUUCAAAGACGCCUGGCUGCUGCACAUGCACGCGAACCCCUGGACGUGGCAGCCGCUCAAGGUGGAGAACGAAGACCACGGAGCCCCGGAGCUGUGGUGCCAUCCUGCCUGCCGGGUGGGACAGUGCGUCGUGGUCUUCAGCCAGGCUCCCAGCGGGAGAGCCCCGCUCAGCCCCAGCUUGAACUCUCGCCCCUCUCCCAUCAGCGCCACGCCGCCCGCCCUGGUGCCCGAAACGCGGGAGUACCGCUCCCAGUCUCCCGUCAGGAACACGGACGAGGCUCCCUGCGUCAACGGCCGCUGGGGCACCCUGCGGCCCAGAGCGCAGCGGCAGACGCCCUCGGGAUCGCGGGAGGGCAGCCUCUCCCCGGCCAGAGGCGACAGCUCGCCCGUGCUCAACGGGGGCAGCUUAUCGCCCGGAGCCGCUGCGGCCGGCGGCGCCUCCUUGGACAGCCCCGUGCAGGUGGUGUCGCCCGGCACGCCCGGAGCCGCUGAAGGCUGCGAGCUGAAGGUCGGGCUCGCCCUGGCGCCGAGGCGGGGGUCGCUGCCGGAGCAGAGAGACCUCCGCUUGGGGUCCCUCGACCUGAGCUGGGAGCAGAAACCGGCUUCCGUCGUCUGCCAGACGGACGGUGCGGACAGCAGGACGCUCGGCGCCGGUGCCAGGAACCCCCCCGAGCACACCAACGGCAUCCACACGCCACCCCACGUCACCGGCUCCCUGCCGGGGGCUGUCUCGCCCGGCGCGCUCCGCAGGAGCUUGGAGGCCGUCAAAGCCCUGUCCUCCAAGGGUGCUUCAGCUUCUGCCGCCCUCAGCCCCCCCCUCGUGGCCUCGCCGGGGUCCCCGGGCAGCCAGGGCGCGGGUGCCGAGGCGCGGCCGGGCUCUGCCCAAGGUGAGGGCCAUUCCCUGCCGCCCAUCGCCCGCCGCCUGGGCCACCACCCUCCGCAGUCCCUGAACGUGGGGAAGCCGUUGUACCAGAGCAUGAACUGCAAGCCCAUGCAGAUGUACGUGCUGGACAUUAAAGAUACCAAGGAGAAGGGACGAGUCAAAUGGAAAGUGUUCAAUAGCAGCUCCGUGGUGGGGCCGCCCGAGACCAGCCUGCACACGGUGGUGCAGGGCCGAGGGGAGCUGAUCAUAUUCGGCGGCCUCAUGGACAAGAAACAGAACGUGAAGUACUAUCCCAAAACCAAUGCCUUGUACUUUGUGCGAGCAAAGAGAUAAUGUGGCCCGAGCUGUGCACCACCACCACCACCUCCCCUCCCUCCCCGGGGCUCUCCCUCUCCUUUUAAGUCUGUCGCGCAGGCACUCAAACUGUGAAUUAGGGCACAACAAACCAAUAAAGUCCAAGCAAACCUCCAGUGCUGCCCGCCCGUUCCCAGUAAGACCCCAGUUAAGCGAAUCGUGUUUACAAGCAGGGAGGGAGCUCCCUGCCCAUAGGAUCCACGUUGCUGUGCUCACGCAGGAGCUCUCUGCUGUGACCUAGGCCAAGGAUUUAGGGUGAGCAGGCGGGAAGCCUGCCAUCCCGUAGCCUCUUGAGGUUUUUUUUUGUGUUUUGUUUUGUUGUUUUUUUCCUCUUCCAGGGGUUUAAGAGGCCUCGUAUCUCUGAAACUCUUUGUGGAACACGAGUAGCAGUGGUUUCAGUAAGAACCAGCUCAAUACCUGCAGACAGGAGGCUGUUAGCUCGUGUGCACUGAUUGCUCCCAUGCUUCAAGUAUGGCUCUGUAAGGAACACAACAGCAAUACCCGAACAGGAACCUUCCAGCACUGCAAGUUGUGACCUUUGCUCCAAACAAACACGAUGCCUUUUUUGCCUCUCACCCCUUUGGCCUGACAGUCUCAUUCCUGUCCUCCGUGCAGGACCGUAAGAAGGAAGAAAGGACAGUUUUGCGUUGAAAUGCCAAAAAAAAAAAAAAAAAGUUGAGAAAUCGGCUGGGCAGGACUCGCUUUCGCAGCCCUCUCCUCCUUGCCUGGCAGCCUCGGUGCUGGAUCUGUGGCGCUGCGCGAUCCCAGCCGGCGCAGUGGGUACGUGUUUGGGAACGCUCGCAGCAGGGCCACGAGGUUGCUGCUGUCCCCCCGUGCGCCUCGGCGGAGAUGGAGCCUCCCUGCUCUGCCCCGGCUCCGUGCCGCGCUCUGGGGACGUGCUGAAACCGGGUCCGAAUCUCAGAAAUUUGGGGGGUGGAAGGGGGUGGUUCCUGCGAGAUCCCGACCCGAUUUCACCGUCUGACAUCUCCGACUGCUGCGUGGGGGGUUCAGCAUCGUUCUGGGUCCCACAGCAGAAAAUGGUUUACUCCAAAAAUCACGUUGCGCCACCAAAACGGAGAUUGGGCUGCCCGUUCCCCUUUAGGCUCGGAGAUUUCCAUGUCCGUGAACGGCCCAAACACGUACACAGCUUUUCUGCGCCCGCUGAAGCAGCACCUCAUAGCCUGGGAACGCUUUUUUUUCCAGCCAAAACGAUGAAUUAUUGGUAAACUGGAGCAUGCGAGCGGCAGGGUGGGCCGGCAUUAGCCUUGAUAGCAGUAACAAAAUCAUCUUUGCAUGUGCCUCCUUCCGCAAAGAUUAAAACAAAGAAAAAUCCAAAUGGAUUGAACCUGUGUGUCCGUCUGGGACAAACUUCCUUCCUUCCUUCCUUCCUUUCCAGCUUGAGAUGUGGGGGGUGGAAAUGGGCAGAUUCUGCUCAGUUUUGGUCAACAGCGCGUGCCCAGCUCCGGCCCAGGGCUGGCGACCGCCGGCAUCUCUCACCCAGCGCCCGAAAUAGCUGAAAAGUAGGAAACUCGCCCCAAAGCGCCGCCCGGCCCGCCGGCAGUGCCAUGACGUGGUCCCCGUCCUUCUCCGUCCCCACCGAGCUUUGCUGGCUUUGGCUCGUCCCCGGGAGGGCUCAGGGCUGGAUGUUUUCUACCCAAAUCCCCCCGCCCCGAUAAAAGGGGAUUUAUCCGUGAGCCACUUGGGGCUGGGGCAGGGCCCGGGGCAGGACGGUGCCCUGGGUGCUCCGUUUGUAGACAGACCCCCGCUGAAAUCCCCGCACCCCGGGAGCGCCCACCGGGGUGUCCGGCGCGUUCCCCCCCGCCUGCAUGUCCUGGCAUCGCCCCGGAGCAAAACCCAACAGGAAUUUGGGGCCGCUGGCUGCGAGCUCGGGGUGUCCCCAUGAGGGGCUGUGGGUCCUCAUGCUGCCUGCACCCUGCAUCCUCCACCAGCCCCAAAUCCCCCUCAACCAGCCCCAAAACCGCCCUCCCCUCCCUGCGCGUCGCAGGAAGGCAUGUUCUUGCGAUAAAUUCCUCGGAAAUGAUGAAUUCCUCGGAAACGACCCCGUUUUCCCCGGCGGCGCUGGUGCUGUGAGGUCCCCCCGCCACUCAGGUCCCCCCGGCGCUGGAGGCUCGGCCGCGCGUAGGAACGCGAAGUGAUUUCGGUGAUAUUUAAAUCUGUGUACAUUGAUUUUUUCUUUUUUUUUUUAUGUUUUUCCCCCUUCCUGGAUGAAUUUUUAGCAGUUUAACAAAUAAAAACUGAAGAAAC